CCUUGCAGCGAAAAGCCGCUUGCAACACGACGUAAAUAGAAGGGCACCUCCAGGUGGAAACUGAACCAGCAGCCCAAGAAGCAUGUGUCCUAUCCUCUCACUGCGCUGCUGGGGUUGCUCCGGCACGAAGGCUUGCAAGAAGCAAAUAAACCAGCAGCAGGAACAGCAGGAGCAGCAGCAGUCGAAGAACAACCGCCAGGACAUCCAGAUGAACGUGCUAUCCCCGGAGCUAGCCUCCUCCUACGAGGUGGCCAUCGGCCAGUCAUCGCUACCCAGCAUGAGCCCCAGUCUGGUGGCGCUGCCCCGCCGGAUAGUCACGUCGAGCACCCUGAGCUCCUGGGCCGGCGAGGAGGAACUGUGCGACAUGGAACACUACGAGGAUCGCACGCCUUCUCGGUGGCACGCCUGGUGGCUCAAGAGGGCCUCCACCGAGGAUCACCUGUCCAUCGUAUCUCAGCGGAACUGGUUUGAGUAACAGAUGGACUGUAUCAAUCCACGACACAAAUGUAUAACUUACACGGUGUUUCGGUAGAAGCUCUUCUAUUUAAUAAAACUACGGACUCUGUUUUUAGUUG